AUGCCAUCCAUCGGCCUGUCUCCACGCAUCAUAACAAUUAUGGGAGUCUCCUUGUUAGGAAUAACCACCUACUGCAGCUUCCUCUACGCCUCCUACCAGCGCGAGGUGUCCGCAUCCAAAUCCCUCAAAGUCCCAACAGACGUGUCAGACCGAUACAACAUGACAGCGCCGACCUUUGACGCUGAAGUCGAGCUAUCCGAGAAAACAAUGCGACUGGGCAAGAAACGCGCAGAUCUGAUUAGCCUCGCGCGUGGAAACGUGCUAGAAGUCAGUUGUGGUACGGGCCGCAAUCUGGAAUACUACGAGCUUGGCCAGCGGCGCGGCGCAGACAAGAACGGGCGCGCAGCGAUACUGGGCUGUCGCUCUCUCACGCUUGUCGAUCUCAGUCCGCAGAUGGUUGAGAUUGCAAGACAGAAGUUUGAAGCGCUGUAUCCGGGGUAUGACAAGGGAGCAGCUGUUGCGUUCCGGGCUCAAGAUGCCGCAUCUGUUUCUGUGGUGCUGCCUGCUUCGACUGAUUAUUCUCCGACUCCUUGUUAUGAUACUAUUGUUCAGACGAUGGGGCUAUGCUCUAUGCCUGAUCCUGUUGGGACUUUACGCCAUCUGGGCAGUAUUACGGAGCCGUUGAACGGCCGUAUCUUGUUGUUGGAGCAUGGGCGCUCAAAAUAUGAUUGGAUUAAUCGGAUCUUGGAUAAUCUUGCGCCUGCACAUGCGGAUCGGCAUGGGUGCUGGUGGAAUAGGGAUAUCGGGGCGAUUGUUCGCGAGAGUGGGUUAGAGAUUGUGGAGGAGAAUAGGUGGCAUUUUGGAACAACUUGGAAGUAUAUUUUGCGGCCAAAACAGGAGGAUAGUUCUUGA